CACUGUUAAAAAUUCGAAAAAUAUUGUAAUGCCUACAAUUUUCGUUCUCGUUAAUAGUAAUACACAGACAAUUCACUGGCUGAAAAUAUAACUUCUGAUGAAAUGAUCGAUAUAAUCUCGAUAUAACCGGAAAACCAUCAUGUCAGCAUUUAAUCCUAGCGGGCCCGCGGAGAUAUUGAGAGCGGAACAAAAAGAUGAGGAACUUUACGAACGAAUCAAUCGACAGCUAUGUGGAUUCCUUCUAAAACUCAAAGGACAUGUGUUUGUAAAUGUAAAUAAACAAAACAUCUAUUGCACGUCACAAUUACUGUACUACGCUCUCACAACGUUGUUUAAGCUUCAAACACUGGGCGAAGAAUAUACCAAAAUUGUUCAAGUUGGAAAAACUGGAAAACACAUUCCAGGACUUAUGCAAAGCACUGGUAUGAUAUUAGCCCACGUGUUUGGAGACAGACUCAUCAUCUUAGCCUUGGAUCAUUUGAUCUUUUACAUUCAACAUAACAAAUCGAUAACAAGUCAAGCCAAAGAUCAAAUUAUACGUUUCACAACGACCAUAAAAUCUCUUGUUCCAUUGCUUCAAAGCUUUAACAGAGUAUUAUUUUAUUGGAACGGUUCUUUUUACACGUGGGCAAAACGAUUUUUCUCAAUUAAAUAUGUAUAUGCAACUCCAUGGUACCAUCCUAAGAGGCCUUUACAUGUGUUCAAAAUUCUUAGUGUGUUGACUGGCAUCCAUUUAAGUGUACUCACAAUCAUGACUGCAUUUAAAACACCAAAUGUUCAAAAGAACGCAGAAGAAAAUCCCAGUCAGCCAAUUCCAAUGAACAGUGGCAGUAAAUGUUCUCUUUGUUUAGAACCCAGACAAAAUACCUCACUUUCGUUUUGUGGACAUCUGUUUUGUUGGUAUUGUAUUCAUGAAUGGUUGCAAACUAAUAACUUUUGUCCAAUAUGCCGCAAAGCAUUAAAUCCUAGAAUGGUGGUACCGUUACAAAAUUUUACUUAGGUAAGCUUAAAAUAAAUUUAAUGUACAAUUGCGUUUAAAUAUGGAAAAGGGAAAAAUUGCUGUCCUACUGUUUUAAUUGAUCUGUAAAUUAUUAAUGUAUUUUACUAGACAUUUUUAAAUGAUCUAAAAAAUAGCUUAUUGUAUUAUGGUUAGACACUCGGUGGAUAAUCAAAUUAUUUUGUAAUUGUUAUGUUAUUGAUGGUUUACUUUUAUAAA